GUACACGUCACAGAUCAACCCGGAAGUGCAGUGACAGCUGCUGUCAAAAAUCUUUCAUCCCUUUCGUGGAACAGCGACACAAAGCUUGCCAACAAAGCGCAGGCUUUGGACAGACACGCAGCAGUGACAUACCUACAGACAGAGAGACCUGACGGACAGAGUCCAGCUGGCUAGUGGUGACAGCGGCAAGCGGAACAGAUGUGCGAGGGACUUUGAUCUAGGCCCCACUGAGGUCCUCUCUGCAUCAAGGCUGGCAAUGUCCAGAGUCCCAAGCCCCCAUGCCCCAGCGGAAAUGUCCAGCGGCCCCGUUGCAGAGAGUUGGUGUUAUACUCAGAUCAAAGUGGUGAAGUUCUCCUACAUGUGGACCAUCAACAACUUCAGUUUCUGUCGCGAGGAGAUGGGAGAGGUCAUCAAAAGCUCCACUUUCUCCUCGGGAGCCAACGACAAACUCAAAUGGUGUUUGCGUGUGAACCCUAAAGGUCUGGAUGAGGAGAGUAAAGACUAUUUAUCACUUUACCUCCUCCUGGUCAGCUGUCCAAAAAGUGAAGUGCGCGCCAAGUUUAAGUUUUCUAUCCUCAACGCCAAGGGAGAAGAGACCAAAGCGAUGGAAAGCCAGAGGGCGUACCGUUUUGUCCAGGGGAAGGACUGGGGUUUCAAAAAGUUCAUAAGGAGGGACUUCCUGCUGGACGAGGCCAACGGUCUGCUGCCCGAUGACAAAUUAACACUUUUCUGUGAGGUGAGCGUGGUUCAGGACUCUGUGAACAUCUCAGGCCAGAACACCGUGAACAUGGUGAAGGUUCCUGACUGCAGGUUGGCCGAGGAGCUCGGAGAUUUGUGGGAAAACUCCAGAUUCACCGACUGCUCCCUGUGUGUCGCCGGACAGAAAUUCCAGGCGCACAAAGCGAUCCUGGCGGCUCGCUCGCCGGUGUUCAGUGCCAUGUUUGAGCACGAGAUGGAAGAGAGCAAGAAGAACCGUGUAGAGAUAAAUGACGUGGAGCCAGAUGUCUUCAAAGAGAUGAUGUGCUUCAUCUACACAGGCAAGGCCCCCAACCUGGACAAGAUGGCUGAUGACCUGCUGGCUGCAGCUGACAAGUACGCUCUGGAGAAGCUGAAGGUGAUGUGCGAGGACGCUCUGUGCACGAGUCUGUCUGCGGAGAACGCCGCAGAGAUCCUCAUCCUCGCCGACCUGCACAGCGCCGACCAGCUCAAAACGCAGGCCGUGGACUUCAUCAACUAUCACGCAGCUGAUGUGAUGGAGACAUCAGGCUGGAAGUCCAUGGUGAACUCUCACCCCCAUCUGGUCGCAGAGGCCUAUCACUCCCUGGCCUCAGCUCAGUGCCCCUUCCUGGGUCCCCCGAGAAAACGCCUCAAACAGUCCUAGUGGUCCGGAGAGACUCUUGUGUCCUAACCUUGCUGUGUCCUCCCGCACACCGGCAACCUCACACUGCUCCUCCCUUCCAGCCCUCCUCUUGCUCCACCCAGAGACGCCCAAGACUGACACCCACAACUUGGCUAGAUAUUGGUUUGGGGAGAUCUAGACCCACAACUCAGCUGGGAAUAAAGAGAGAUUUACAGGACUGGAGCCACAGAAGAGGUACUACGCAUCUCUGCAGGUGGGAAUGGGGGGAAUUCUAUAAGAUCUGAACCUGGAUAUUUAUGGAUUGCAAGCUCAAAGCCUUGCGUAUUUUAUAUAUCCUUCAUCUAUGAUAUUGAAAAGCCAGAAUCUUAUUCUGCUAGUCCGCCACACGGAGAACUGAUCUUCUGGCUUGGAAGCGAAAAGUCAGUGCUGAGUCCUUGUAAAUAUAGUUUUAUGGCAUAUUGUUUUUAAAACAAUCUUUUCUUGUACAGUACAAUGUCCUAUAUGUGUUAAAAUCCAAACCGUCCUUAUAAA